GGAACACCCACAGUUUAGCUGCAGCAGGCUUAAACCUAUGCAAAUUUUCAAGGCAAGAAUGCUGAAACUUAUACUAAAAUGUAGGUAGCAAGCUUGAUUGGACGCCCCAGAAAAAGACUGAUCCCACGCCCUCAUAACCGCUAGCCACUGUUCCUCCACGAGGCUGCAAAUAGUUCGUACUUCAAACUUUCCCUGUUACCUAAAUAAGAUGGUAACCAAAAAAACAAAAUUAUAAGCGCGUAAUUUUGGACGUUUUCACUCGUCUGCUAUAGUGGAAUGGUGAAAACCAAAUUUUUUAUUGAGCUGAAAUAAAACGCAUGCUUCGCAGCAACUAUUUAUUGUCAAGUUUAAGUCGGCAGUGAAAUUUCAUGAGUAAAACGGGGUCAGCAGUAAAAUGAACUGUACCGCAGACAUUUGAGGACUGAAAUGCUCAGACUUCAUAUACUUUGUUCAUGUCUGUUGCACACCUUAUCGCUUCCUCCGAUGAAAAGCCUCUUCAAGAACAGCAGACGCUCUGGAGGUAUCAAGCACGACGCCAUUUCGAAAAGGUCACAUUGGCAGGCGGAGUAACACAACCCCGCGCGAGCCGUACGUGUGUUGGUUGCCAACUGCUGUUUCUUUUUUUAAAGUUAUAUGUACUAUACAAUGAUUACUUACUGUCCAACAAUUUCUCAGGGGAAUUUCCCUUACGUUUUUUCGCUUCCAGACAUCCUGUUUCUCAUAUUUUUCUAGGCUGUGCUUCAGUGGCUUGCUUGCACGUGCAGGCUCUCAACAAAAGGCAAUCUCGGAGGGUUCCGGCACUUGUUGUGCAUAAAAACAAGGCUUUUGAGAUUGGCUAAUGCUGGCAACGUUGUGCAUGCAACAAAGUCAAGUCACGUCCAAGCAGAAGGCCAGUCAGCCGUCAACGUUUCAUGACGUUUCGCGCGUUUUCUGUAUUUACCGCGGCAGAGUUUGCAGCGACCUCCGUUGCGGUAUUUUGUUCCUCGGAGGCAUGCCCUCGGAAUCGGAAAAAGGAGGUGAUCAAUAUGCAGUCGUCAAGUUUCCAGAGGAAGGCAACUCUGUGGCUCUUGUACAUACCAAGUGGCUGCAUGGCGAUGUCUGCUUGUGGCCACAGGAUUCCAAGAAUGUUUCGUAUUUAGCAAAAUGUGGAGCCUCUCCAUCCUCCAACUGGCAAGUCGUGCCAUGUGUGCCCAUAGACACAUUCAGAACAUAUGAUGCAGCGCGACAAAAGCUCAAGCAAGCUGAAGAGGGGUCAGACUUGGGGAGUGAAGUGGACCUGGGACGGGGCAAAAGAAAAAAGCAACGAAGAGCCCUUAGCUCAAGUCCGGAAAGUGUGCAGCGACUACCACUUCCACCGCCCUCUAUGAUGAAAAAAGCACAGAAGAGGGAUGGGAGACGUAUUCACAAGCAGUCAUCACAUGCAUCAACAUCUAGGGGUAAUGAUCCCAACGUUUGCAGUGAUCAAGGUGCAGUGCAAUGUGCACAAAUGUGUGCUAGCGAGACUUCAGAAUCUGAGGGUGAGUUUGAGUCUGGAGGGGAACAAGAUGCAAAGCAAGAAUCAUCAGGCAUUAAAAGAUCGCUCACAGCUCACUCUUUGAUGAAAAAAGCAAGCCAAAUGGGAAAUACACAGUGCAACAAUGAGAAGUGGCAUUCAAGUCAGUCUGUUGCACCUAUUUCAGAUGAUGGCAUUAAGCAGGUCAUCAGGCUUCUACAAACGGUAAUCUUGAGAGUCGAGCACCUGGGAAGCCAACUGGAUGUAAUAAAAGCAAAGCUUUGUGACCAACAACUGCAGCCUGAAGCAGAUUUGUUAGAAAAACCAUUUUGUGACAUCACGGAGUUCGAACUGUUUGAUCAAGGCCUCUCAGAAAGUGCUGCAAUGAAGUCAAAGUUGGUACGGGAACUCGCUGCCUUAGGAGGAAGAAAUGUUAGUUUGUCUACACGUCGCAUUCUCGAAGCCCUGAUGACCCAGGAAGUGGCUGUUCAAUAUAGUUGGCUCGGACAAAAAGGAAAGAAGAAGUUCUUGUCGUUGACAACCUGCGACUUGAUAUAUAAAAGUGUUAAGUGCACAUUUGAAACUGUGAAAAGAAGUGAAGUUGAGGACGUUGUAAAAACGUGGCUCAGACACGCUGGGGAGAAGCUUAGAAAGAAUAACAAACAGUCUGAAAAAGUCACGGAGCUGCUGGAGUGACAACGCAGGCCUCACUGAAGUGCAGCAUGUUUCAACUACAGCACGGAGGACAUUUUUUUCCACAUCUUGCUGUUUUAAUGAUAAUUUUCUCAUAAUACUCAUUUUUACUUUUCCGUUCUUUAAUAUUUAAGGAUUGUAUUUUAAUUCCUCAUUUUCUAGUCAUUUUUAGCCAGUUACAGUUUAUUACUCAUUUUUGCAUUGCUGUAGCAGGCAGACAAUUUUUUUGCGCAUUAAGAGAGAUGCCUUAUGUAUUCAUGUUUUUUAUAAUAAAUAUUAUAUUUAAGCUUU